GUUUCCUUUCAAACAUAAACAAACACGCGCAUUGGUGGCAAUUGACGUGUUUUUUUGGAGAAAAAUUACGUAGUUAGUGAAAUAGUGUUUUCGGAAACUGUGUUGUCUCAUUACUGCUCCAAUAACCUUCAAAUCCACUUGAUUUAAUCGUUUAUUUGAGCAAGCAACGAUUCGUCAUGAAAAUAAAUAAAAUAUCCGUUUUUUGAGUGCAAAUCUCCAGAAAUACCUAAAUUGAGGUCGGAAAAUUCUCGAGGAAAAUCAGAUGAUUUUCGCUAGAAGCAGCGUGGAAAACUGUUGUAAUGUUGUGGAAAACCAGGAAUAGGAAGAGGAAAUUACGAGAGGUGCCAAAAGGGAUAUGUUCCUUUUUCUAUGGAUUUUGAUUUUCGGUUAUUUUCGUCUGACGAACAGUGGAUACGUAGAAAUAGUCGAAGCAAUUGGCUGUCAUUCCUGCAACUUGUUGUUGACAUGUCGCCAUCUCACCUCCAUCAUCGCCAUUUUAGAAGUCGAUUUUUAUCCUGACCUUUUUGUCGAGGAAAGUGCAGAAGAAAAUCCCGUGGAAAGUCUCAGGGGAAACGGCAGUCAGCUUUUUGCUGGACUCUAUCCCAGAGACGUGCUCAAUCAAAGGUGUUCUGGUCUGAACCAUUGCAGCUUCGUUUACUCAGAAGAUUGUCUUGAUAGAAAUAAUUCUGUUACUGGAAAUGUUACAGUAAAAUAUGCUUGUAUUACUGAAGAUAGGAUCAAGAAAUACUGCAACAGCGUUAUAGUGCUACCGACUCAUCAGAACAGAGAUACUUCUGAGGGAUUCAUCCACAAUCCCGGCUAUCCCAGAUUCUAUUCGGGCCACAAGGAAUGCAGGUGGGCCAUCAAGGGGGCGCCUCAACAGCGAAUCAGGGUCGCCAUUUUGGAUAUAUCCCUUAUCGUUGACAAUGUUGGAUCGCAAGACUGCACGGACGUCCUCGAAAUAAGGGAUAGCGGCCAAGUGAUCCAUUCUUCCUGCAGACAGCAGCACCCUCCCACGGAAAUCAUCUCGGCCACCGAAUCCAUCGAGGUGGUGCUCAGCUCCAGACAUGAAUUCAAUCCGAGGAGGGGUUUUCUGAUACGAUACAGCAUAGUGGGAUGUUCCGACAUUGACAUUCCUCAGGAUGUCUACGUUGUGUAUAGGAAUUAUAAUUCGAUGGUGUUGAGUUGUUGUGUGGGGUACCAAUUUCCUGAUACGGGUACCAGAACUAGAACUAUUAGCUGCUUAGGUGCUUUUUGGAACACUUCACUGCCACUUCUUGAUUGUCAAAGUGAGUAUACUCAAUCUGAUUUUUAUUAUCAAUGUGUUGAUUUUUUUUCGGAUUAUGUGCAUGUUUUUUCUUGGAAAAAAAUAUGUAUCGUGUUGCUUGUACAUGAAAAUUUACUAAUAAACAAAUUCGGAUUAUACGGGGUGAUUCAAAAUCCGAUAUCAAUAUUUUAAGGACGUAUCGUCGUUGAUAUCAAAAUAAGACUUUUUCUUUAUAUACACAUGUAUCCUGAAAUGCACUCGAUUUUGGCCAGUUAAAGUGAGGACCCCCCCUCCAAAUUCCCCAAAACUGGAUUUACGUAAUUUUUGGUGCAAGAAGAAAUGAAUUGUCUGAAAGGACAGUAGAGAGUGAUAAGUGAUGAGAUUCAUGGAAUGGGAUGGAGAAGAAAUUAUAUACAAUAUACCGCUGGAAAUCAUAUUUCAUGAGUUGGUAUAUGGAUAUAAGGAAUUUGAGAACAGAGAAGUAUUUUACGGCUCGCGCUAGUACAUACAUAUUUUUUCACAUGUGAUCAAUAUUUCCUGUUAAAGUACGAUAGAUUCAAUCAUAAUCCAUGAUAACAGAAGAUGAGUCUAACAAAGAUUUUCUCUAUAGUGGCUUAAAAAUAGAUUCAUUAUUUAACACAAUGCUAGUACAAUCGGCUAAAAGUCCGUUCGUGUUUUGUUUUGAGGUCAGAGGUCAAGUGGGAGAUUAUUUUUAAUGAAUCAUUGGGAGAGUCCAUUGACGUACAUGCCUACUCAAAAUAGAAUUUCGUCAGAAAAAAAAACACUCUUGUAUGUAUGAAUGUAUGUACCUAUGUGAUUGGCUACAAAUUUUACGCUUUCAACACUCGAUAUCCCGAAAAAUAAUCAAAAUAUUGUGUGAGAAAGUGUUUGUUUUUCGAAUGGAACACCUUGAUUCAAGGAAUAUCUAGUUUUCCUACAUUUCAUCUAGUAAUUUGAGGUAAAUUGAAGUAAUAAAUCUUCAAUAAGAGUUUUUGUCACGAAACUAGCUAAUAAUUACUGUGGUUGAGCAGAAAUUCGCUGUUUUCGAUCGAUAAUCUUCAUUCCCACAAUUAGUAUGUUCCCAGCCAACACAUCUGUGAACUUACAUCUCUGAGAUGUCGCGUUUAGGUAACGUGCGAUAUCACAAAUGUUCCAUUUCUGUGAUGUUCAUAAGCGAACACAUCAGCGAAUGACAUCUCUGAGAUGUCGCGAUGAGGUAACAAUGCGAUAUCACGAAUGUUCCAUCGCUUCGAUGUACAGAAGUAGAUACAUCUGCGACAUGAGAUGUCUGAGGUGUCGUGAUGAGGCAACACUGCGAUAUUACGAAUGUUCCUUCGUUGUGAUGUACAGAAGCAAACACAUCUAGCUGCGAUACGACAUCUCUGAUGAGAUGUCGCGAUAAGGCAACACUGCGAUAUUACGAAUGUUCCAUCGCAUGGAUGUACAGAAGCAAACACAUCUGCGACAUAACAACUCUGAGUUGUCGCGAUGAAGCAACACUACGAUAUCACGAAUGUUCCAUCGCUGUGAUGUACAGAAGCAAUUACAUCUUCGACAUGACAUAUCUAAGAUAACAAUGCGAUAUCACGAACGUUGCAUCGCUGCGAUGUACAGAGAGCAGCAAGUAAACUCAUAUACGAGAAUUUUUCAAUAUUUUUUUAUAGACCUCAUCCUGAUAGGUACAGUCAGAUGCAAUGAACAUGUCGCAUAUGGGCGGUGACGAUACCUGUAGUCACUGAUGCAAUAAGAGCUCUAACACCAUCCAACUGCGACAUUUUCCUUGCAGCUGGCUGUACUUACCAAGGGUAGCGCCGCUGAAAAGACGUUUGAAUGGACAGGAGACCGGAGAGACUACCAACCAGUCACAACAACACAUAAUCAAAAUUAGAUGUCAUCAGAACUCGGUGGUGUAUCUAAUAUCACAUCAUGUUCGAGAAAACUUUUUUUCGUUUUACUGCGAUGUCAUCUCGCAUAAAAUCGUAGUUUCAUCGCAAAAACACAACGCGUUUCCAUCACAAAUAACAUAUCGCAAUUACAUUGCAAAAAAUAUAUCGCUGUUAUAUCGCAGAUAACUUAUCGCAGCGACGUCGUAUGGAUGGAUCCUGAGUGGGACAAAAUAACAUCCCUCGGACAUCAGAGCAACGUCUAUGCGACAUAGAAUGCGAUAUUGCAGGUCACAAUUGUUAUAUCGCUGGGAUAUCUCUGUGAUGUAACUGGGUUUGCUGUUUAUCAAUAAAAAAAGAAGAGCAUCUGAUUCAAGAAUUAUUUUAGUCGUUUUCAAUAUCUUGAUUAGUUUUUGAGAUAUCGAGUGUUGAUAGCGUGAAAUCUUCAGUCAAUCUCCUGUACAGUCUGAUUUCCGUUGGAAAUUGCAAAAAUCAGAUGCGCGGUAUCAACUCUUUCUAGUCAUUGGACUUUUUCCACUAGUGGGAGAAUUGCUCAUUAUUUGCUGCAUGCAUGAAUAAUUAUUGAUCGAAAGAUGCCAAAUACUUGAUCGAUUUCUAUUCCCCUUCAUUUUAUUUCCUUUUGCACCCUCCUUGCGAAACAAGUCCAUCCGGAAAUUCGAAUGAGAAUAUAGUGGGGAAUCCGAAGCAUCAACAGCUUUUGUCGACGACUGUACCUACUGAUAAACAGUCGUUUAGUUACAGAAUGACGAAUUCUAAACUUCCUUCGCGGGCAUAUCUAUUCACUAAUUCAAUACUAUCCAGAAAGUCGAGCGCGAAACAACCAACCACGGCGCGGUUUCUGCAUGACAUCCGGUGAAUUGUUUUUCCGCCAGCUAGACGGGCAGGAAAUUGAUAACUGAAAUAGGUACUUGAAAAACAGUUUGGUGAGUUUCGUUUGAAUUUCCAUCGUUUAUACUCAUGUUUUAACCAAUAAAGAAGGCACUAUCUUCUAGAAUUCAUUAGGGUAGGUGUACCAGUUGAAGUUUUUACUCUUGAAUUGCUACAUUCUUGGACAGGUAGAGGAAAAAUAGGAUGCUUAUUUCGAGUCUAAGUGUUUUCCUAAUUUUGAAAUAUGAAGUGAUACUUUUCAGUACUGACCUGAUGAGUUUUGAAACAUGUUUCUCGAAACAGUUUGCGAAAUAAUCGAUGUCAUAUCGUUCUGCAAAAUCAUAUUUCCAAAGAGCGUGCAGAAAAGUAACUUUUCCGCAUGAAUUUUCGUUUUGGAAGUUGUACUUUUCUGUAAGAUUUUACUUUUCCGCAUUAUUUUUACUUUUCCACACGAUGGAUGAUAACUGUUGGCACGGGAACGUACCCAUAUCAACAGUCGCUAUAAACUGACAGUAGUGGCAGUCAACAAAUAAGCAUUUCAUACCAAUCUAUCUCUCCAUUUACAACACUAGUUAUUCUCAGCAACAAACUGAUCAAUGCAUUUCUGUAGUGGGCCAAACACUAACCAAUCAAAUUCAAAUAAGAAACGACGUUCUUCAAGAUGUUGCGGCAUUUGCUGUAUUACACCAUGCAACAUACACAAAUUGCACUUUCAAUUUCAAUAUUUACCAUCGGUAAUGUUGUUUUUGUUGUUAUUUACUAACUACACUACACUAACCAAUCAAAUUCAAAUAAGAAACGACGUUCUCCAAGAUGUUGCUGCAUCUUAUACAGCAUGCAACAAACACAAAUUGCACUUUCAAUUUCAUUAUUUACCAUCGGUAAUGUUUUAGUUAUUGUUAUACGACGCUAUACAUAGUGGAGUAUACUACGGCCUUGCCCAAAAUGCUAUCUCGGAAACUAAGCGAGAUAGAGGUACAGUUACUUUGGAGAAAAUGAUCCCCAUCGAAUUUUGAGCAACUUUGGUUUUUGUGUGUGGUCUGUCUGUCUGUCUGUCUGUCUUCACUCUGUGUUAAUCAUAAAUCGAUAUAUCUCCGGAACCCUUUGACAUAUCGACUUGAAAUUUUGCCAUCUUAUUGUACUCAAAACAAUAUUAUGUCAUUAAAAUAUAAAGGAAAUCGGAAAACUCUAAGGCGGUUUUUCCAGAUUUUUUCGAUUUUUCACCGGAAGUUUCUUGUAACCACUCUACAAAUCGCAAAAGUGGUCCGAUCGAUUUCAUUUUCUGUGAAAAAUAACUCUAUCAGGAAGAGACGAAGCCUAUCGAAAUUGAGCAGGGUCGGGAAAUUCCAAGUGGGGUUUUCAAAGAGAUUUUCCGAAAAACACGGUUCGCUUUGAAACGACAUACUUAUCUCCUGAACCAAUAGACUAAAUCCAAAUUUGAAAAAUGCACCGUAUACCUCUUUGAUGACGCAACAAAUUAGCAUUCAACUAUUUUUUCGUACAUCCAGCGGAAAAUGGAAAAACAAAUGAAAAUCAAAACAUCAAAAUUUGAAAUCCUUUCAAUUCAAUAUAUAUCGAGAACAAAUGGAAAAAUCGAAAUUUAUCAGAAGUGCAAAGUUAUCCACUGGAACAUUUCCUACAAAUUAUUUCCCAUAAUUUUUUCUGUAAAUCCAAUAUAGUACAGGAAAUAAAGUGAAAAAUAUGAAAAAAAAAUUUUAACGACCCAUAGGGUAGGUACCAUGAAGAUAUAUUGAAAAACAAGAGAUUAUCGAUAGAUGAAGAUCAUCGACUUCCACUGAACCAUGAAAUAUUUUUUCCAUUUGUUGAUUGGAAGAUGGAACAAAAGUGUUGAAAAUUUUAUUCUCAGAUGAUUCCAAAUAUCUCGAAAACAACUGAAAAUAUCUGAAAAUGUUAUGGAACCAAAAUUAUUCCUUUCGAUAGAAUCUACAAAAAAUCCCCAUAACAUUUUUCUCUGAAUUCAAUAGUUCGGGAGAUACGAUGAAAAAACUAAAAAAAUUACAAGUUCCUAGAUAAUCACCUGCCAAUAGAAAACGAAACAAAAAACAAAAGAAAGUAAAAAAAGCACACUCGACUGUCUUGAUUUUUUCUCCAUUAACUACUUACCUAGCUCACUCGACUGUCUUUAUUUUUCGCCAAUAAACUAGGUGUCUUGAUUUCCCACAAAGAAGAAAUAUGGCAUUGUUUUACCUUUUUUUUUGUUUUUGUUUUUUUAGUCCCUAUUGGCAGUCGAGUGGGCUAGGUACGUAGUUUGUGUGGAAAAACCAAGACAGUCGAGUGGGCUAAGUACGUAGUUUGUGGGAAAAAUCUCCAGUUCUCUGAACUUUCAUAGCGUCGUAUCAUAUACACAUCUUUGGUGCCCAAUGAUAGUUUCAAUAUAAAAAUAUGCUCAUGAUAUGGUGCCAUGGCCUCUACUUCCAUCUAACAUGAGCAAUGAUAACAUAUCAUCUGCUUUUAUAGCGUCGUAUAAAUUAUCUGACCUCUAUACUAAUCUAAUACCUAAUGAAAACUACAUCUAUACUAAUCUGAUACCUUUCAAAAACUACGUACCUCACUUGUUAUUUAAAUGUUCUUCAAAUAAUUUUCCUAUUAAAUCGAUGAAAAAAAAUCUAUUUCAUUAUUUAUCAGUGCUUGAAAAUAUCGUGCGGAAAAGUUACUUUACUGCACUAGUGCCGAGAGGUUACUUUUCCAAACGAUAUUCGUAUUGUUGGAGAUAAGCAUAUUUAGGACUAACUAAUUGAUCUAUGUAACUAUUCUGUCUUAUGUGUCAUUUUGUAGCAUCAUUACAUUUUUCCCUAUAGUAUAUUCAAUUUUUUUCUUCAAUAUACAGGGUAUUAUUUAGGUAUGUGGUCAAACUUCAAGAAGCGAUUAUAAGAGUGAUUCUAAAAUGAAAAGUGCAAAAAACAUAGAUCCAGAAUGCAUUGUUUUCAAGAUUCAGAAUGUCCUGUAUCUUGAAAACUAUAAGCAUGCCCGGACCUAUGUUCAUAUGAACUUCCUUUUUUAGAAACACCCAACAAAGCAUCUCUUGAAGUUUGACCAGAUACUUGAAUAACACCCUGUAUUGGAGAAAAUGAAUUUCUGAAUGCUUUCGAACGAGUCUAAAUAUUAAGUUCUUCUGUAGUAUAUGGUAUAAUAUUGAAAUAAAAGUCAGUUUGAAUCUCGCUAGAUGUGAAAUUUGAUAAUGGUGUUUAGAUUUCGAGUAUCUGAUGUACUCGCUAAUGUAUCUUCGAAAUUAUCAUGUGGAAAUAGUCGAAAACGUGUAUUUAUAUCGAAAUAACAUGGAAAUACAUCACAUAAUUAUACUCAUUUCAUUAACACACAAUCUUAUCAAUCUUAUCUUUUUCGAUAGCAUGUAAUAUACUAUUGAAAUUUCGUUUUCAACUCAUUCAGGGUUCUGAAUAAUUUUGUGAAUGUCUGAAGGUUGUAGGUUAGAGUCAUAUUGUCCUAUUCGAGUAAUUUGAACGUUAUUCAUUAAUUCAUUAUUGAAUUCCAAAAAACUCGUGUUUGUAUAAGUGUCGAUAUCGUAAUAAGAAACACGUUGUCAGUAUAUCAAUAAAACAUGCUUAACUGUCGUUUCACAUAAUAUACCUAACUUUAAUUAAUGCUAGCCAAUCAUUAAUCAUUUUUCUUAGCAUAGGUAAGUAUUUUAAAUUGUUAUGUGCACUCUAAUUGAUUCUUAAACUUUCACAUGGUCACAACACAACUCGCACCUGCGUACACACAUCACACAUGAUAUACAGGGUGUCCCCUAUUUUAUUGUUCGCUAUACAAUAUAGGAGCUUGAAAAAGUUUCCAUCAUGUUUUCUGAAAUGAACAAUGAAAAAUGGGACACCCUGUAUUUUUGUUGUGGCUGACAUAUUUUGCAUUUGUUAUUGCCAAACAUAAUAAAAUAAUUAUUCAUUUCAGUCUGUUCGAAAAAGUCAGUGUG